AUGCUCAAACCUCCCCCGAUAAGGCCUUGGACAUGUGCCAGAUGUCUCCGCCAUGAACAUCGUCGCCGUCUAGCCACCGCCGCUACCUCCGCGACCGCUGCCGCAACCUCUCAAUCCGCUUCCGCCCCGCCGCUUGUGUCGCAUACCGAUCCAAAUACGUCGCACCAGGAUGCCACCCUACGCCAAAUUUUCGACUCGCAGCCCUUCUGGAAGGAAUUCUCUGCCAGGCAAACCCAUCCUUCCAAGAAAUCCCUAGGCCUCUUCCAGAACCGCUACCUCACCAGACCCGAAGGCUUCGAGCACUUUGCUUCUAUCACUCUCGCAAAAUGCAAGCGCAUAGUCACAAAAGUUCUGGCCUACAACAGUACGGAACAGUACAAGAACAUUGCCAAAGACUUGGAUCGUCUGAGUGACUUGCUGUGUCGAGUCAUUGACCUUUCCGACUUUGUUCGCUCCACACACCCAGACAGAAACAUCCAAGCUACUGCUACACAGGCAUAUGCUCAGAUGUUUGAGUACAUGAAUGUAUUGAACACCACUACUGGCCUGAACGACCAACUCAAAGCUGCUCUUGCCAUCCCGGAGGUUGUCGCAUCAUGGAGCGAAGAAGAAUUGACUGUUGCCAAUAUUCUUGCCAGGGACUUUGCAAAGUCUGCUAUUGAUCUAUCUGAUACAGAUCGUCAGGCUUUUGUCGAACUUUCGAAUGAAAUUGCUGAGGUCGGGCCUGAAUUCGUCGAUCAAAUGGUACCAGAGACGCCGCUUCUCAAGCUUCCUAGCAGCAAGCUGAAGGGCAUGGAUCCUCUGGUCGUAAGGCAGUUGACCAGGUGGGGCAGUGUUUCUCUGCCUACUAUCGGUAUGCCUGCUUCUCUAGCCCUGCGCACUGUUGAAGACGCAGAUACGCGACGAGAAAUCUACAUGGCCAAUCGCACAUCGGCCAGAGCAAACAUUGAACGUCUAGAACAUCUGCUACAAAGACGUGCUGAGCUUGCUCGCCUAUCUGGACAUGACUCCUUUGCUCACAUGGCUCUGUCCGACAAGAUGGCCAAAAGCCCUGAAGCCGUGGUUAAGUUCUUGGACGCGCUGGCCGCCGACAAUGCACCGCGUGUGCAAUCAGAGAUUCAGGAGUUACUAGAGAUGAAGAAAUGUGAUGCUCAGAGCGGAAACUUCCCUGGCGAGCUAAAUGCUUGGGACAGAGACUACUAUCAACAUCGUCUAUUGUCAUCUAUGAGAUCGAAGACCCGCACCCCUGAUGUGCUCUCAGCUUACUUCUCACUUGGUACUGUCAUGCAAGGGUUAUCACGCCUCUUCCAUCGUCUCUAUGGUAUUCGUCUGGUGCCAAAGGAAGCCGCUCCCGGCGAGACAUGGAACAACGACGUUCGUCGUCUCGAUGUAAUCGACGAUCGCGAAGGCCAUGUUGCAGUGAUCUAUUGCGAUCUGUUUGAACGAGCCGGAAAGUCUCCCAACCCAGCACAUUUCACUCUGCGCUGCAGCCGCCGCAUUCUUCCUGACGAACUCGAAGAAGCAGAAGCCUUGCGAAACGCAACAGGCAAUCUCUUUGAUACUGCACAAGAAGCCGCAACCGAUGGCCUAGCAAUCAACAAAUCCAAACGCGAUAACAACGAAUUGUACCAAUUGCCUACCAUAGCAUUAAUUUGCGAUUUCGCCAUCCCGCAAGGAGGAGCGACUAAACGACCUGCCCUACUCACUUUCCGAGAAGUCCAAACACUCUUCCAUGAAAUGGGUCAUGCUUUGCACUCAAUCUGCGGCCGCACAGCUCUUCAGAAUGUCAGUGGAACACGAUGCGCCACCGAUUUCGCAGAACUGCCUUCGGUGCUGAUGGAGCACUUUGCCUCUGCACCAGAAGUCCUAGCCUUGUAUGCCCGUCACUGGGAAACCGACAAACCACUAGAUGCAACACGAGUCGCCGAACGCGUAAAUCUAGACACACACAGCCAAGGCACAGAAACCGAAGCACAGAUUUUAUUGGCUAUGUUGGAUCAAACCUACCACUCCAAACUUCCCCUGUCCUCAAACUUCGACUCGACAAGGACAUACCACGAUGUCUGGCACAAAUACUCCUCUCUUCCUGAACCUAUCGGCACAUCUUGGCAAGGCUUUUUCGGGCAUUUGUUUGGGUAUGGCGCUACAUACUACUCCUAUCUCUUCGAUCGCGCCAUCGCCGGAAAGAUUUGGAAGGAUGUGUUUAAGAGGAGUGCAAUGGGAGCUGUGGAUCCAGAGGCUGGAUCGAGAUUUAGAGAUGAGGUGUUGAGACAUGGUGGUGGGAGGGAUGGAUGGCAUUGUGUUGCUGGGGUGUUGAGGGAUGAGACAGGUCUGCUUGCGGAAGGUGGUGAGGAGGCUAUGGGAAUGGUUGGGCAGUGGGGUGUUAAAGACUAA